AAUACGGUAUUGCUCCUUCGAUCUCAAGACUGGAUAUGCUGACCGGCUUCUACCAGUGAGGUCUCAUACCUCCGUUCCAGUGUGUAAGGUACUGGGCUGGAGCUCCGGCGCCUCGAAUCCAGUUGAAUCCGAGUAUAUCCUGAUGGAAAGGGCCUGCGGAAGACAGUUGGUCGAUGUAUGGGGCGAGAUGAAUCAGCUGCAACAGUUCAGGCUUGUUCAAUGUCUGGUCCGGCUUCAAAGCCAGCUGGCAGCUCUGGAGUUUCCAGCCUAUGGGAACAUGUACUUUCUUCCUUCAGACGCUCAGGCCUCGGACCCAAUUGUUCCAAUGAACGAUGACUAUUGUGUCGGCCCAGCAUAUAAUGCUUCGUGCUCUCCACAGCUGAGUGGAAGAGCCCACACAGGUCCAUGGCAGGGACUGACAGAUCUUGGCCUUGGAUUGGCCGAACGGGGUCUUGCGCACUUACAACAUUCGUCUUUCGCCCCUCGUACAACCCAUUUCGGCACCAAAUCUGAACAUUUCGAUAUACUCACGAUGGCUAAGGAUAUAAUACCACACCUGGGCGGAUUUACAUCUUUACAACAGUUUUCCAAGCCUACGUUGUGGCAUAAUGAUCUUCACAUGGGUAACAUAUACGUCUCUGAACAGGACCCGACAGCUAUAGUCAAUGUCAUUGAUUGGCAGUUCACCUCUAUUAUGCCUGCUUUCAUGCAAGUUCAGUGGCCCUCUUUUCUUGCGCCACCCGAUGGCUACGAGAUCGGCGCUGUCAAGCCGAAAUUACCUCCAGAUUUCGAAGACAUGGAUACAGACGAGAAGGCCUUUGCUAUCAGCGAGAGAGAACAAGCUCUGCUUUCGAAGUGCUACGAAGCAUCUCUGGUCAUAAACCACAUGGAGUCGUACUUGGCUAUGACUCAAGUUGACUCUGCUUUAAGAUAUCUAUACACGUUCGCAGAGAACACGACCAAGGAUGGGAUAAUUCCCCUCCGUGACUGUCUCACUCAGCUUGCUGCAAACUGGAAUCAGCUGGGCAUUGCUGAGCAAUGUCCUUAUCAUAUCACAAGUGAGGCUUUAUCGAAACAUGAAAUGGAGCUUUCCCGGUACAAGAACUGGCGAAUACUCAAAGGUUACACACAGGAAUUGCUGCAGACAGAUGAUGAAGGUUGGAUUUCCCCUCAGCUUGACUUCGAGAAGGUCCAUGCAAGACAUACCGAGCUCUUCCAGCUAUACAUGGAGAAAGAAACCGAAGAAACAUCUGAGGAAGAGGCAAAAAGGCUUUGGUUCUACUUAGAGAACACCUAGAAAAACUCGAAACGUUUUUCCUUCUCUAUUGACAAUCAAGAUAGAUGGACGUAAGCUUGUGACUGCAUGCAAGCUUCGCACAGUCGCGAAAACAUCGCGAUCAAUCGAUGUAAUGCACUGCUAUCAUUGUUUCAUUCGCUAUACUUAUAGCGGCUCUAUUGACCCGGAUUCGCGCUACAUCGUUAUGUUAGCUAUGGGUUAUUCGGGGAAGUUAUGACAUGCUUAGCAUCAUUUAUAACACGUUGUACAUACAAAUUCCUCUUCGGGAGGGCCAUGUGGCUCCAUUGAGCAGCCACUUUGAACCUUCCCCUAGUGAUGCGUUUCGUUUU